UAUGCUCUCGGAAUACGACCUAGGUUCAGAAGUAGGAACAGAAAUCAGGGAGAGUGAACGCGACGAUGACGACUGGGGCCCGGUGUUCCUGCUCGCAUGCGUUUUACUGCUCCUCGGCGUGUUCUUGUGCCUAAUAAUGAUCUCGCUGCAGGCGUUUUUUAGCGACAGCGACCUAGAUGACGACGGAGACCGUAGUGAUGAGACAGGUACUUACGGCCGUGUUGUACCUUCGGGAGGGUCGAGCAGCGGUGGAGCGACCAAGAGCAUUCCACGAGAGCCGAGACCAACUGCUGUGAGAUCUGCCCCAAGACAGCCGCCUGUGGGCCAGCGAGAUUCAGAGACCAACCAUCGUCGCUCGCCCACCGUACCUCCGGCCCCACACAUACCGGGUGUGCAACCGUCCCCAAGUCUACGAACGCCGAAGACCACACUAGUUCCCCAGCCACAACUUCCUUUCACACCAAUGGUUACCCGACCACCACCACUGCAACCACUGACGCCAAACCGAGGAGCGCCAACGCCGCAAACCACGAAAGCGAAGGUUACCCGACCAUUGCGACCAUCGACGCCAAAGGCCACCCGAGUCGCGCCAGCGCCUCAAACCACAAAACCGAAGAUUGCCCCACCGCAACCAUCGACGCCAAAAGUCACCCAAGGAGCGCCAACACCGCAAGCCACGAAACCGAAGAUUGUCCCACCGCCACCACAGAAAGCAUCGACACCAAAGGCCACCCGAAAACCUCCAACGCCGCAGACCACGAAAACGAAGGUUACCCGGCCAUUGCGACCAUCGACGCCAAAAGCCACCCGAGUCGCACCAACGCCUCAAACUACAAAACCAAAGACUACCCCCCCACCGCAUCUAUCGACGCCAAAAGUCACUCAAGGAGCGCCAACGCCGCCAGCCACGAAACCAAAGAUUACCCCACCGCCACCACAGAAAGCAUCGACACCGAAGGCCACCCGAAAAGCACCAACGCCGCAGACCACGACAGCGAAGGUUACCCGACCAUUGCGACCAUCGACGCCAAAGGCCACCCGAGUCGCACCAACGCCUCAAACUACAAAACAGAAGACUGCCCCCCCACCGCAUCUAUCGACGCCAAAAGUCACCCAAAGAGCGCCAACGCCGCCAGCCACGAAACCAAAGAUUACCCCACCACCACCACAGAAAGCAUCGACACCGAAGGCCACCCGAAAAGCACCAACGCCACAGACCACGAAAGCGAAGGUUACCCGAACAUCGCGACCAUCGACGUCAAAGGCCACCCGAGUCGCGCCAACGCCUCAAACUACAAAACCGAAGACUGCCCCCCCACCGCAUCUAUCGACGCCAAAAGUCACCCAAGGAGCGCCAACGCCGCAAGCCACGAAACCAAUGAUUGCCCCUCCGCCACCACAGAAAGCAUCGACACCGAAGGCCACCCGAAAAGCACCAACGCCACAAACCACGCAAGCGAAGGUUACUCGACCACCACCAUUGCGACCAUCUACGCAAAAAGCCACCCCAACCGCACCAAGGCCAAAAACCACGAAACCGUCUACUACGCGACCUCCACCGGGACCGACGCAAGAGCCAACAAAUUUUACGUCACGGCAGAAGCCCAGAAAGCUCGAGCACCCGCUGGUUUGCACCACCAGCAGCGAGGCGUACAUUGAAGCCGUAGCAGACCUGCCCGCCGACGGCAUCUGCACGUUCAUCUUCUACGAGUCCGUCUACAAAAAUGGGGAUCACCCGUUUGUCAACAAGACUCCAACGCCCGGGCCCGUUCCUUUCGACAUUGACUUGGGUCACUUCGCGCGCCGCCAGUUCUUGUUCAUCGAAAUCCUGCUGGGCAUCUCCUUCGCCCUUGACAAAGGGCACCUGUUGAGGGAGUACCAGACGCCCGAGUUUCGACGAAACCUCGACUACACUUGGAAGGAGAAGAUGUACCAGUACGGCGUCGCAAACAUGAGGCCCCCGCACAUAACGAGAAACGACAUCAAGGAUGCGCUAACCGUCAUCAAAAGCCUGGAUGAGUACUGGCAGAAGAAGGCCAACUUCUCGGUCAUCCAGCCUUCCACCGUACUGGGCAUGCCGCUGCCCGAGAAUCAGUGGCCGGAACUACUGGAUCUAUUCAAGACCGUAUUCACUCCGCACAUAUUCAUUGCCAUAAGCCACCUCUCCAUCAGCGAUCACACCCUGCCGGAAUGCCGCAUUAUGCCUACCUCGAUAUACAAUUUCCCCGCAAACGUAACGGCGCGCUACUUCCAGUCCGUGAACGACUCUGGCAGGCUGCUUCAGAUGAUGUGGGACAAGGGCAUAAGGUCCACGCUCUCCCUCUCGUUCACGAUGAGGGCGCGUUGGUAUCGGCCGAGCCAGCUUGACCCGAACGUCGCGGCCAUCGGCAACUUCGGCCUUUUCAACCCGUGCGUGGACCCGGGCGUGCCUCCGGACAUCAGCCCCGGCAAAGCUUGCAACGUUUCUGCGACCAUCCGCAACAACUCGAGAUACGACCCUAACUACUUCGUGAGAAUCGGAUACGACAAGAAGCUUGGACGCACGCUAGUCUUCGACACUGUGACAGGCAUGAAGGCAAAGGUUUGCACCGCCAAGCAGACCUUCUUUCGCGUAAACUUCACCGUGGCCGCGUACGAAGUGGAGUACGACGUCUGGAGGUACAGCCGCUUCAAGGGCAGCACGAAGUGCUACCAGUUCAACAUCAACGGCACCAACGAAAGGACGCAGUUUCUCAACAAAAUUCGAACCUUCCUGAACCCCUUUUACAUAGCGGCACCGGACGCAAAGGAGUGCAUCACGCGGUGGUAGGCGUCGCUGUCGACGCGUGGGCGAAGUGGUAUCGGUGCGUUUAGAGAGUGCAGCGGUGAGGACGGCGGUAGGCCUAUAGCGAGGCAUCUUCUGGUGGUUUUACGCGUAGUCUGUCACGUGAUGGUUUACCUUGUAGUAUUAGGCUCGGGAAUGAACGCUGGUUUGGGUAGCGUGAUAGGUGUUCGGCGGGUUUUGAGGGUGCAGCAGUAAGCUUGGAGGUAGGCCUAUAGUGAGGCAUCGCGUGGUGGUUUUACGUGUAGUCUGUCACGUGAUGCUCGACCUUGUGGUGCCACGUCACAUAGGCUCGGCUUGUAGAUGGUCUAGUCGGAGUCAAGGAAUCCGGUAUAUGGGCCAGGCUUGUGGGCAUACACUUAGCAAGCAUAGUGAUAGUGAAAAGUGGGGGGCGAUAGCGAUCGAUACUUGCGAUGGACAUUAUAAUUUCAGAUGUACGAUGGGCUCGCUGGAAGGCAUCGUACGCUCACGUCGGUACGAAUGGUGGUCAGAAGUGUGCGCAGCGGUCGCUUAUAAGGUUGGGGUAAAUGGUUAAGCCAGGGUUGUUUGAAACGGGACAAGACACGACGUUGCGGAUGGCAGUGACCAAUGCUUUUUUUUUUUGCCACGUAUAGCCAUGCACCCCAAAUUUCUGGCGUCGCUUAUCGUCGGCUCUCGCUACGUCCGUAACAGCCGGCGCUUCCUGGAGAAAGUUUAUCGCCUGCACGUUCACACCGCAUCGCCACGUAUGUCCAGCUCCGUGACCAGCUACGGCAGGCGCGUCACCAUGAACACGUUGGUGUUAGAGGGCUACGGGCGCCAUAUUGACUCGGCGUGAAACGUUUGCUGCGAACUGUUUUGUUCAUUUUUGCGCAUACCUUGCGCGGUAAACCGCGUAACAUCUCUUCAGCUUGUAUUGUUAAGUUGUUUUAUUGCGUAAUAUGAUAUUAACACGAACUGAUGACCCAGCG